AUGAGUCAAACUUCCACACCAACAGGAACCGUAGGAAUUAUAGAAAAUACAAAAAACAAAUCCUUAAUUAUUCAUAACGAAACUCAUAUUGAAUCGAUAAAACCCAAACAAAUAAUUUUAGAUGAAGAUACUUACACUGAUGCCUUAAGUGAAAUAAUUAAACGAGAUUUCUUUCCUUCCCUUUUAACCCUUGAAGCACAACAUGAUUAUGUAGAUGCUUGGAGGGAAUGGGAUACUCCAGUUUCAACUUCGGAUUCAAAUAUAUUUAAAAUUCCCGCUCCCAAAAAGUAUAAUACAAAUUUACCGUUGGACGCAUUUCAAGCAAAAUAUACUAGAUCAUCUGAUAAUAAAACUGGUGAAAUUUCUUCUUGGAAAUAUAAAGUAAAAAAUACUUUAAUGUUUUAUCCCGAAGGCGAAAAUCAAAUUCCCGAAGAUAAUCCAAGAAGAGCACCAAAACAAAUAGUUCAUUCUGCUACAAGAUUCGAAUCACAAGAUGAAAAUACUAUUUAUAAUCAUGCAGCAGCUACAGCUGCUGCUGCAACAGUUUCCGGAACAAAUAUGGAUUCCACUUCAGAAAGUGAUACACCUCGAGUGGGUGGAUAUGGUUUUGUCUCCGCCACACCAUCUCCAAGUCCAUCACAAUUUGAUUCUUCGGAAUUAAUGACUUGGGGUGUAAUAGAAGGUAGUCCACAAUUAAUAGGUGGUGAUCAAACACCAGAAAUAAUUGGAAUGAAUCUAUCCAGUAAUGCAUCACGAAAUAUUCGUAAACGUAAUUUAUCCUUAAAAUCACCAGGUCUAUCUUCUCCUAGUCCAUUAUCAAGAAUGGCAAGUCCGAGAGUGCGUGCUGCUUUAUUAUCACCAGCAGCUCGAAAAUUAUUACGUAAAUCUAAUCUUACUCCCCGAGGUAGUCGAGCUAGCGGUAAUCACCUUCCACACCUACAUCAAAAUAUGUUACAAAGAAAAUGGAAUCAUUAA